AUUUCCAUUACAACUCGUUUUGCAAUUAAAACCACAGUUUCGGUGAUUUGUGUGAAUGUGUUGAUGGACUCAAUGCUCUCAUUGUAUGCAUUUGUGGACAUUAUAUGCCUUUAAUAGUGUAACCAAUAGUCAACUCAUAUUCAUAUAAUCAUUGCAAUUGUAUUGUCUUAUCAUUGAUUAUAACAUAAUAUAUAUUAAAAUACAUUUGUUAUCCAUUUACCCAUUGGUUGGGACACCGAUUGAAGUGAUACAACCAGUGAAAGACCACUUCCUCCGGAGUGAAGAGUGACCACCAAAAUGGUGGCCGGAAACGAAGGGAUGGAGGGAUUGAUCCCUAUUGUGAACCGAUUGCAGGACGCCUUCGCACAAAUGGGUGUAAAUAUGGCAUUAGAUUUGCCGCAAAUCGCUGUUGUUGGCGGACAAUCGGCCGGCAAGUCAUCCGUAUUGGAGAACUUCGUGGGCCGGGAUUUCCUGCCCCGAGGCUCAGGGAUUGUCACCCGAAGACCACUCGUCCUUCAGCUCAUCAACUCUACUCUGGAAUAUGGAGAGUUUCUUCACUGUCGGGGAAAAAAGUUUACAGAUUUUAAUGAAAUCCGUAAAGAGAUUGAAGAGGAGACGGAUCGGAGCACUGGUCAUAAUAAAGGCAUAUCUCCGGUGCCCAUCAAUUUGCGCGUCUAUUCCCCAUAUGUACUCAACUUAACACUUAUCGAUCUUCCAGGUAUGACCAAAGUUCCUGUUGGUGACCAACCGGUGGACAUAGAGCACCAAAUUCGGGAAAUGAUCUUCUCGUUUAUAAAGCGCGAUAACUGUUUGAUAUUAGCGGUGACGAGUGCUAACCAGGACUUGGCUACCAGUGAUGCUCUUAAGUUAGCCAAAGAAGUAGACCCGGAGGGCGUGCGAUCGAUCGGUGUGAUCACGAAACUGGAUCUGAUGGACGAGGGGACGGACGCCAGGGAUAUACUCGAGAAUAAAUUACUACCUCUUCGUCGCGGAUACAUAGGAGUCGUGAAUCGUUCGCAAAGAGAUAUCGAGGGCAGGAAAGACAUUAGGGUUGCGCUCGACUCGGAGCGCAAGUUUUUCCUCUCACACCCCUCGUACAGACAUAUGGCCGACAAAAUGGGAACUCCAUACCUGCAACGCGUUCUCAAUCAACAGCUGACUAAUCACAUAAGGGAUACACUUCCGGACCUAAGAGACAAAUUGCAGAAACAAUACUUGACUCUCGAGAAAGACGUCGAGGAAUAUAAGAACUUCCGGCCCGACGACCCGACCCGCAAAACCAAAGCAAUGUUACAAAUGAUACAACAAUUGCAGACAGACUUUGAGCGCAAUAUCGAAGGCAGCGGUUCGGCGGCCAUCAACACGUCGGAGCUGUCGGGAGGCGCGCGGAUCAACCGACUGUUUCACGAGAGGUUUCCCUUUGAGAUCGUGAAGAUGGAGUUCGACGAGAAGGAGUUGCGUCGGGAGAUAGCGUUCGCCAUUCGCAACAUUCACGGCAUAAGAGUGGGUCUCUUCACACCCGACAUGGCUUUCGAGGCGAUCGUUAAGAAACAGAUCGGAAAACUGCGCGAACCGUCGCUCAAGUGCGUCGACCUCUGUAUCAAUGAGUUGGGAAACGUUGUCCGGCGCUGUACUGAGAGAAUGAAUCGCUACCCGCGGCUCCGGGAGGAGACGGAAAGGAUUAUAACGACUCAUAUCCGGGAACGCGAGCAGAAGACUAAGGCACAGAUCCUGUUGUUGGUGGACGUGGAGUUGGCGUAUAUGAACACCAAUCACGAGGACUUCAUUGGCUUCACGAAUGCCCAGCAGACGGCUGAGAACAAACAGGGAGGCAAACGACAGCUCGGAAAUCAGGUCAUACGUAAAGGCUAUAUGUGUAUCCAUAACUUGGGUAUAAUGAAAGGCGGUUCCAGAGACUACUGGUUUGUCUUAACCUCGGAAUCCAUUUCAUGGUUCAAAGACGAAGAGGAAAAGGAUAAGAAAUAUAUGUUACCAUUGGAUGGACUUAAGAUUAAGGACAUUGACUCGGGAUUCAUGUCUCGCAGACACACGUUCGCGAUCUUCAAUCCGGAUCAGAGGAAUGUCUACAAAGACUACAAACAGUUGGAGCUCUCGUGCGAAACCCAGGAAGACGUGGAUUCAUGGAAGGCGUCGUUCCUGAGGGCCGGUGUAUAUCCAGAGCGCGUGAGUUCGAGCGACCAGUCAUCCAAUGGAGGCGAGGACGGCAUCGCCGAGGCGUCGGCCAGUCUGGACCCACAACUGGAACGACAGGUGGAAACCAUCAGAAAUCUGGUCGACUCUUACAUGAGAAUUAUAACGAAGACUUUCCGGUCAGUAAUGACUCGCAAUUGA